UAAUAAAACAUAAUUACUAGAUACGAGACCAAUGUUCAGUUUGAGGUAUAAAACGGGUAAUUAUCUUUGCAAUUUAAGGCUAAGAUAGUAGUAAAAAACACUUACCCUAUAACCCCCAGAUGUUAUCUGACGAGCGACGUGCUGAUAUCGUUUGCACCAAAGAUUCAUUCCGCUCCGCAAACACACUUAAUUUUUUCCGUUUCCUCGGCUCUUUCCUUUACAUAAAUAUUAUCUAAUCUUAUCUUGUUUUUUUUGACAUCAUUCGCAGCAUAUUCAUCAAAUCCGUACACGGACGUAUUUUUGUUAUUUUUUAACCGUAGGCAAUAGGCCGGGCCUAUCAACUGAAAGUGCUGUUCUCUGCCUCAAGCAGACCGUCCAGUACUAUACCUCCAGGAAAACACCGGUAUUUGCAUGCUUUUUAGAUCUAUCUAAGGCCUUCGACCUCGUGUCUUCUAAGUUCUCUGGCGGAAAAUGCAGCAAGUUGCCGGUCUUCCUAGUGAGGUAACUUCUCUUAUUAAAUAUUGGUACCAUAGUCAGAAAAAUUGCGUGAGAUGGGCCGGUAUGUUUUCGGAGGAGUACGGGUUGGAGUGCGGAGUGAGGCAGGGGGGGAUCUCGUCUCCUCGGUUAUUCAACCUGUACAUCAACGGUUUGAUUGAUGAGCUGAGCAACGCCAAUGUCGGAUGCUCGGUUGAUGGUGUUUGUAUGAACAACUUCAGCUAUGCAGACGACAUGGUGUUGCUGGCGCCAUCUCUGGGUGCUUUGCAAACCCUAAUCGGUAUCUGUGAGAGAUACGCAGGGACCCAUGGACUCAGAUAUAACGCCAACAAAAGCGAAUUUUUAAUUUUUAAGGCUGGUGCUAAAACAUACGAGACUCUGCCUCCAAUUACUCUGUGUGGCACUAACCUGAGCAGGGUCAAGCAUUUUAAAUAUCUGGGUCACUGGGUGACUGAGGAUCUCUGUGACAACAUGGACAUCGAAAGGGAGAGACGGGCGCUGUCCGUUCGCUGCAACAUGUUGGCCCGUAGGUUUUCAGGGUGCACGAAGGAAGUCAAAGUAACCCUAUUUAGGGCAUACUGCCAGUGUUUCUACACCUGUAACCUGUGGGUCAAUUAUGUACAGAGGACGUACAGCGCUUUGCGAGUGCAAUAUAAUGAUGCCUUCAGGAUUUUGCUCGGUCUUCGACGGAGUUGCAGUGCUUCGGGCAUGUUUGCGGAGGCAAGUGUUGAUGGCUUUCAUGCGAUUAUAAGAAAGCGCUGUGCCUCCUUACUUGAUAGGUUGUUAGGGAGUCCGAACAGCAUCCUGAAGGUGUUUGCCGGGAGGUGGGACUCACCGAUGAUGCGUAGAUGGAUCAGUCUGCACUCCAGUUUCGUAAAUUAUGAGUGUUAGUUAUAAGAUUAUUUGAUUCAAUUUAAAUGCUUAUUAUUUUAUUUCUGUUGAUUAUUAUGUUAUGAUUUUUUAUUAAUUUUAAUUUUUUGCCAGUGAAGAAUUUGUACUGAAUAAUAUAAUUAUAAUUAUUGCAAUUUGAUUAGUUUUAGAUGUAUAAUUAAUGCUGAUAUGUCUGAAUUAUUUUUAAUGAAAUGAUUUAUAUAUUGUAAUUAAUGCUGACAUGUUUGAAUUAUUUUAAUGAAUUGAUUUUUAUAUUUUAAUUGGUGCUGACAUGUUUGAAUUAUUAUUAUUAUUUUUUAUUUGUUUAUUUUUUCAUAUCACAUUUUAUCAUAUCAAAGUGUACGUAUUGCUCACCCGGUAUUGUAUAGUCCUAGCCCUAAGUAUACGUGUUGCAUGGUAGAUUAUAGGAAAUUGUAAUAGUCAUAGUCAUAGUUUAACAUUAUUAUUUAAGUCUGUUACUAACACUUAUAUGGGCUAUGCCUGAAUUAAACGAUUAUUUAA